AUGAUCUGUACUUAUGACGCAUGUAUGCUUGCAUCGGAAGCGGUCAUCGAAGACCUGAUGAUGCAACCAAAGAAGACCAAGUACCACGUCAUCGGCCUGAACGAGACGAGACGACGUCAUCCUCUCAGCGACGUAUAUGAAACUGGAGAAGAACUGUUCUCAGGAACAUGCAACACUAGAGGUGUUGGUGGAGUUGGCGUCUUCGUCAACACGAGUAUGGCAACGAACAUCGUUUCUUUCGAACAACUUACAACCCGAAUCGGACGUCCGCGGAUGAGAAGUUGUGGUCCAACACCAGCUUUGACAAUCUUCGUCGCUUACGCUCCAACAUCAAGCUACGAAGAAGGAGUCGAAGCUUUCUAUAUGGACCUGCAGAAGUUCUACCAAGAUCAUACCUUCUACAAGGUCAUAACUGGCGAUUUCAACGCCACUCGCAAUUCUAGGAGCCCUCCUCUCUACGCUGCACGUGGAAAACACCCAAUGGAGGGUAUCAUAAUGAAAUUGAAAACACCAUCGUCAGUGAAAGGUUCUGCUUGA